ACUUAAAAGGGGGAGGGAACUACUGCUUGGAAGACUUUCGAUGAUGGGAGCGCAAGUGUGAGGGGAUACCGUGCCUCGGGUUUAAAAGAGCAGGAAGCUGAGUGAGAGUUUAGAGAAAAAGUGUCUUCGCUAGGCGGCGGUUACAGGUGGUGCCUCCAAAGAGCUCUGAGGCUCCAGGCUGUAGUCGCGAGAGGAUCAGAGAACUGUGUGGAAGGGACAGUUUGGGGACUAGCCUCUUGAGUUCAUGACUUUCUGGGGACCGACAGGAAUGUGCCUCCUGGCCCUCGGUGCUUCCCUCCUUGGGGGUGGCAUGGUGAGGGACUCUGGCAGACUGCACUGAACGCUGAGCCACAGAAGUCCAACUCCACGUAUGGAUCCAGGGAAUAAGAAUUCAGCCACAGAGGCUGCUACAAUUGUAAACCUCGAUCCCGACUUCGAACCCCAGAGCCGUCCCCGCUCCUGCACCUGGCCCCUUCCUAGACCAGAGCUUGCUUCUGAGCCAUCCGAGCCACCCGAGGUGGAGCCAGGUCUGGGACAGAAGGUACACACGGAGGGGCUCUCGGAGCCGAUCCUGUUGCCCUCCCGGCUCCCAGAGCCGGCAGGGGAGCCCCAAUCGGGGAUCCUGGGGGCUGUAACAGGUCCUCGGAAGGGAAGCUCCCGCCGGAAUGCCUGGGGAAAUCAGUCGUAUGCAGAACUCAUCAGCCAGGCCAUUGAAAGCGCCCCGGAGAAGCGACUGACACUCGCUCAGAUCUAUGAGUGGAUGGUCCGCACUGUGCCCUACUUCAAGGACAAGGGUGACAGCAACAGCUCAGCGGGAUGGAAGAACUCCAUCCGCCACAACCUGUCCUUGCACAGCAAGUUCAUCAAGGUUCACAAUGAGGCCACUGGCAAGAGCUCUUGGUGGAUGCUGAAUCCUGAAGGAGGCAAGAGUGGCAAGGCACCCCGCCGCCGGGCUGCUUCCAUGGAUAGCACCAGCAAGCUGCUCCGGGGCCGCAGCAAAGCCCCCAAGAAGAAACCAUCUGUGCUGCCAGCUCCACCUGAAGGUGCCACUCCCACAAGCCCUAUAGGCCACUUCAUCAAGUGGUCAGAUAGCCCUUGCUCUCGAAGCCAUGAGGAAGCUGAUGUGUGGACCACCUUCCGUCCACGAAGCAGUUCAAAUGCUAGCACUGUCAGCACCCGGCUAUCCCCUAUGAGACCAGAAUCUGAGGUUCUGACAGAGGAGGAAAUACCAGCCUCAGUCAGUAGCUACGCAGCGGGUGUCCCACCACUAAAUGAAGAUCUCAAGCUGCUAGAUGGGCUCAAUCUUACAUCUCCCCACUCACUGCUAUGCCAGGGCAGUCUCUCGGGCUUCUCUUUGCAGCAUGCUGGGGUUACUGGCCCCUUACACACGUAUAGCACCUCCCUUUUUAGCCCAGCAGAGGGGCCCCUGUCAGCGGGAGAAGGGUGCUUCUCAAGCUCCCAGUCUCUGGAGGCCCUGCUCACCUCUGACACUCCACCACCCCCUGCCAAUGUCCUCAUGACCCAAGUAGAUCCUAUUCUGUCCCAGGCUCCCACACUUCUGUUGCUAGGGGGGAUACCUUCCUCCAGUAAGCUGCCCACAGGAGUGGGCCUAUGUUCCAAGCCCCUAGAAGCUCCAGGCCCCAGCAGUCUGGUUCCCAGCCUUCCUGUAAUGGUACCACCUCCAGUCAUGGCAGGUGCUCCUACCCCCAAGGCCUUGGGGACUCCUGCACUCACAUCUUCUACUGAAGCAGCAAGCCAAGACAGAAUGCCUCAGGAUCUAGAUCUUGAUAUGUACAUGGAGAACCUGGAGUGUGACAUGGAUAACAUCAUCAGUGACCUCAUGGAUGGGGGCGAGGGGCUGGACUUCAACUUUGAGCCAGAUCCCUGAGUCGUGGCUGGAAGCUUUGUUCCCCUGCUUCAGAGACGGAGCUAGGCACAUUCAUAUCCACUCUUUUCCCUUGAGCCCUCCCUAGGAAAUAUGGGACCCUACUUCAGAGCUUGGUGGGGUCUAGUCACACAAACAGAUAUUGAGGAUUGUGACGAUAAAGCUGCCUCAUAUAGGAGCGAUGUGGGGAGGGGCGAGUUUAUUCUCACUGUGCCAAUUAGGAAGUAAGGCCCCUUCUCAGGAGCCAUCCUUAGCUACCCUGACUCCCAUCCCUGGAAACAGGGGCCAGCAAUGCUGUUGGAAAUGUGAAGUCACCAGUGGCCUUACCCCUGCCUUUGGUAGCGGGGUUUUUUGUAGAGUCUUAUCUGAACUGGACCAGGCUAAACUGAGCCUGGGAUUUUUAUGCAGUGGCCCCUUAGGCCAGUGGUGUGAGUUUGGUGGGUGGGAUAGGGGACCUUAAAGAGCCAAAGGUCUGAGCACUGGAGUGGCUCACCAGGCCAGUCACUUUUGGGAGGCUGCUGAUAACAAAAAGGCUUUUUAUAAACUUUUAAGGGAAUAUAAACACAAAUAUAGAGAUUUUUAAUAGUAUCAAGGUGCUAGUGAUGGCAAGAAUACUUUUUUUUCUUUCUGAAGGCUUUGUCAUAGUGACAUGAUAAAAACACUACAGACAGUACUAGUACACGGGAAAGUAGGGGUGAGGAGGGGAGCAAUAGCAGACAAGAAGAGCUUCUGUUUGGACCGGCCUAGAAAAAGGUCCUUGCAUAACCAAGUUAGAAUUGCCCUAAGGAAAAAUUUAAGCCAAGUGUCCUCCUUCAGUCAGUUUAUACCAGUGGUAGCAAACCUGUGGUACUCAGCUGCAGCAGGCUAUUUGUUUCAUUGGAAGUUGUAAAAGGUUCACCAUCACCAAUUUAUACCUAGGAGACUGUGGUGUUGGGAUGUGGCCACCCCCUUGUAUGACCCAAUGUGGGUUACUGGGGGAAGGUGUGUUGAAGGCCUGAAUUAGCUUGGGGCCUGGGAGGAGGUCAGAAAGAGGAGAAGAGGAUUUAGAAUGGUAUAGUUAGGUACAGAGACGUCCCUAUGCAAGGCCCCUGACAGCUGUCCCUGCUCUUCUUUUCCUUCCCUGACUGCAGGGGUUAUAUGGAAGUGGGGGAGGGGAGAGCUUGGAAGCUUGACUGAGGCUCUGGGAAGUGAGUGGAGAUGGGGGAAUGUGGAUCAGGUUUAUAAGCGCCUGCUAGGGAGACUAGAGUUCUUUCACCACUCCAGUCCCCAAAGCAGCCCCUCCCCCAGUGACUUUUGCACUGUCCCCUCCCCCACUUGUUGUGGGUUCCCGUCAUUUCCUGUGUCAGCGCUUGGCCUACCCAGAUUGUAUCAAGUGCUAGAUUUGAGUGGGGAAGUGUGUCAAAUCAAUAAAUGAAUAAAUUCAAUAAAUGCCUAUAACAAGC